GAUGAAAAACAUAGAUGAAAUAGAUUCCAGAAUUCAUUAAUAUAUGGAAAAAAGAAAAUCAAAGUAAUCAAGCACUUUUGAUUAAUCUACAAUCUUAUUUUAGGAUAAGGCAGGCUUAUUGAAUGAAUUAGAAACUUUAAGAUUGAAAAAUGAAAAUUUAGAGUAAGAGUUAAAACAGUUGCUUACAUAAUAUGAUGAAAUUCAAAGAGAAGAAGAAAUCAAAAGAUUAGAGUAAGAAAAAGCGGAAAUAAUCUAAGUUGAGUUAGAAUAAUUAAAGUAAAUUAUAAUUCAAAUUAUAGGUCUAUGCAUUUUAAAAUGUAAGUAGAGUAUUAAUAGCAAGUUGAUUUUCUUUAAAAAUAAUUGGAUUUAGCUGAAUAAGAAAAAAUCAAAUUAAUUACCGAAAACCAAAGAUUAAAAUCAAAUUAAUGUAAAGAAUAAGAUACCUAAAAAUUAUACAAUUAAGUUUUCAAAGAUGGUUAGGAGAAUAUCAAAUUCAAUAAAUAAAUUGAUAUAUUUUAAAAAGAAAUUUCAAAGUUAAAAAACAUAGUUGAAACAAAAAUUAUAAAAAAGCAAUAAGGUAAACAAAAAUAAACAACUAAAUGUAAUGAAAAAAAAACAAAAAGUUGA